GGAGUCUAAAAGGAGCUCUGUGACUUUCACGUGCUUCUCUCCAUCUGUGCCUGAGUUUAGUGCGCACAGCCGUCCACUCAGUAAUGUGGUUUCCUUUCACACAGGAGGCUGCAGUCGUGUGUUUGAGGCGUGGGCAACAUUGUCUGUCGCGAUGCUGUAAUAUUGUCAUGGAUUCAAAGUUGAUGAAAACUUUUGCGCGUUGAUUGCGUCUUCAGAUCUACACGAGCACUCUGCACUUCGACGGAGAAACGGAGAAAGUCCUCUUUAGUUUUGACCUACAUGUUUUUUUUUUCUUAUUUUCUUUGCUGUAUUUCAUUAUCGCAUACGCUACUUUUUCACAGUGAUCACAAUGGAACCGGUAAUCCUAAACAGUCAUGGUCACAACCUGUCGGCAGCUUCUCGCCCUGUUUUCAACUCCAGCUGCCGCUUCGAUGAGGAGUUCAAAUACAUUCUUCUGCCUGUCUCCUACAGUCUGGUAUUUGUGAUUGGAUUUGUGCUUAAUGCCAUGGCCCUAUGGUUGUUUCUAAAGAUGCGACCGUGGAAUCCCAGCACUGUCUACAUGUUCCACCUCGCACUGUCAGACUUCCUCUAUGUCAUCUCCCUGCCCACACUCAUCUACUACUACGCCAACCGCAGCCACUGGCCGUUUGGAGUAGCCGCCUGCAAAAUUGUGAGAUUCCUAUUCUAUGCAAACUUGUACUGCAGCAUCCUCUUCCUCACUUGCAUCAGUGUGCACCGCUACCUGGGUAUUUGUCAUCCCAUCAAAACUCUGACCCUGGUAAAGCCCCGUCAUGCUCAUCUGGUGUGUGGACUGGUCUGGGGGGUGGUCACCGUGUGCCUAGUGCCAAAUCUGAUUUUUGUAACUACUUCCAGGCGGGACAAUGAUACGAUCUGUCAUGACACCACCAGCCAGAAUGCCUUCAAUGAGUAUGUGGACUACAGCUCUGUCGUCAUGGUGCUUCUGUUUGGGGUCCCCUUCACUGUCAUUAUGGUGUGCUACUGCCUCAUGGCCAGGUCACUUUGCAAGCCCCGAGUGGGAUUAUCUGCCAACCAACAAGGAAAUGCCUCUCGUCAGAAGUCUGUUAAACUGAUUGUAAUUGUGCUGGUGGUCUUUGCUGUCAGCUUUGUUCCCUUUCACAUAACAAGGACCCUCUACUACACCGCCCGCGUGCUGGAUGCCAACUGUGAAUUCCUCAACAUUGUCAACUUCACGUACAAGAUCACCAGACCGCUAGCCAGUGUUAACAGCUGCAUAGACCCAAUUUUAUAUUUUCUGGCAGGUGACCACUACCGCUCCAAACUGAGGACUGUUCUGACGGGAAAAAGACAAACCCUAAGUGGCCAGGUCCAACAGAACAGUCAAACGCAACCCAAAAAUAACAUUGCUAUGAACUCACAAAAUAAAACGGCCAAGGAGGUGGUGACAAUGGCGAGCUAGAUAGAGUUACAACUUCUUUUUACGAUGCAUUUGCACUGAGGUACUAUAGAACAUUUAUUUUAUUUUUAUAUAUUUUUUUAUAACAUUUAUUUCCCACAUCUCUGUUUCUAGCUAUUGUUCAUUAAUACUUUUACAUGAUAAUGAGAAAGACUGUUUUCAUGAGCUGGUGUGAAUCUUGUCUAUAAACACUGUAUGAUCCCAUGCUUCCUGCUUCUUCUAAAAUAUUUUGGCGUUUCCCAGAGACCUCAGCUCCAGGCUCCAGCUGUUUUUGUUCUUCUGCUCUGACAGCUGAUCAGUUUAGCACAUUUUCUUUCUCAAUCAAGUGAUUUCCCCUUUUUCUUUUGCCUGUGGGGCCAGUUAUUUUUUGUUAUUUGUUGUUAUCUGAAUGCAUAAUCCUGGUUUUAGAAAUGUGUAAUGAGCUAUUUACAUUGUCGAUUCUCACUGAACACAUCGAAACUAUGAAGGAACACGCGUGGAAUGUAGUACAAAACAUUCAAUAAAUUCAAAAUAAAUAUAAU